GCGCUGUUUUAUGCAGCUGCAGGAACGUUCCUCCUUCUGCUGCUUACACCCGGAGCUCUUAGAGCGGAGCACCAGCAGCACACUUCCGGCAGCUGAGCGCAGACCACGACGAAGAAGAUGAGCACCAAACAGGUGACCUGCAGGUAUUUCCUCCAUGGAGUCUGCAGGGAGGGCAGCAACUGCCUGUUCUCUCAUGACCUGAACAACAGCAAACCCUCCACCAUCUGCAAGUACUACCAGAGGGGAACCUGCGCCUACGGAGAGCGUUGCAGGUAUGAUCACGUGAAACAUUCAAUGAGAGGAGGAGGGGGCGGAGCUUCAGCGGACACAGCAGGUGCAGGCAGAGGGGUCAGAGGUGAAGGGAAGAAGCCUUUGGUCCUGAAGGACAGAGCACUGUGCGGCGACCGGACCUUUGGCGGCCUGUCAGACGGUCCGACCUCGGCUGUACCGGAGGCGGCGGCCGCUCCGCAGUCCUAUGUGGAAGCUAUCAGAACCGGGCUGGACGGGUCGGCUCCAGAACCAGAGCCUCACGCGGUGGGCGGAGCCUAUCAGCUCUGUCCGUACGCCGCCGCCGGACACUGUUUCUAUGGCGACAGCUGCCCAUAUCUCCAUGGCGACCUGUGUGAGGUGUGUCGGCUGCAGGUGCUCCACCCCCACGACCCGGAGCAGAGGAGAGCUCAUGAGAAAGUGUGCCUGCUGGCCUUCGAGGCCGACAUGGAGAAGGCGUUCGCAGCCCAGCUCAGCCAGAACAAGGUGUGCUCCAUCUGCAUGGAGGUGGUGGUCCAGAAGGCGGCGCCGUCGGAGCGGCGGUUCGGCAUCCUGUCCUCCUGCUGCCACACCUUCUGCCUCAACUGCAUCCGCCAGUGGCGUGGAACCAGCAACUUCUGCAACAAGAUCAUCAAGUCCUGUCCGGAGUGUCGGAUCAUCUCGGAGUUCGUCAUCCCAUCCGUCUAUUGGGUCGAGGACCAGGAAGAGAAGGAUCAGCUGAUCGAGCUCUUCAAGUCGGGCGUGAGUAAGAAGGCCUGUAAAUACUUCGACCAGGGCCGCGGCUCCUGUCCCUUCGGGGGAAACUGCCUGUACCUCCACGCCUACCCGGACGGAACCCGACCGGAACCGGAUCGACCCCGGAAGCAGCUGGGCUCCGAGGGAAACGUCCGGUUCAUGAACAGGGUCCGGCUUUGGGACUUCAUCGAGGAGCGCGAGCAGCGCGCCGCACCGCCGCUGGAUGAUGACAUCACUGAGCUGCGCCAGCUCUUCAUGCAGAUGUCGGGUCCGGGCGCAGAGGACGCCGAGGGCCCGCCCAACCCCGGGGAGUAGAGGCCUGCUGUCUCCAUGGCAACCGGCGGCCAUGUUGGUCCUGACUGGAGGCUGAUGGAGCGGAUAUUUAUUUAUGGUGUAUAAAGUAAAUAGAGACCGUUUAAAUCUGAA